AUGGAAGUAGAAAAUCAGACUCUUGUGACUGAGUUUGUCCUCACAGGACUCACAGAGCGUCCAGAGCUGCAGGUGCCACUGUUCCUGGUGUUCCUUGCCAUGUACUUCAUAACCAUGGUGGGCAACCUUGGACUGAUCGCUCUCAUCUGGAAGGACCACCACCUUCACACCCCCAUGUACUUAUUCCUGGGAAGCUUAGCCCUUGCUGAUGCUUUCGCCUCAUCCUCCGUGACACCCAAGAUGAUUAUCAACUUUUUAUCCAAAGAUCAUAAAAUAUUCUUGAUUGAGUGCUUUAUCCAAUUUUAUUUUUUUGGUUCUAGUGCAACAACAGAAUGUUUCCUUUUGUCAGCGAUGGCUUAUGACCGCUAUGUGGCCAUCUGCAAUCCCUUGCUUUAUCCAGUAGUGAUGUCCAACAGCCUCUGUGUGCAGUUUAUAAGUGUCUCAUAUAUUGUUGGUUUUCUGCAUUCAGCAAUUCAUGUGGGUUUGCUAAUUAGAUUAAGUUUCUGCAGAUCCAAUAUUAUACAUUAUUUCUACUGUGAAAUUUUACAGUUAUUCAAAAUUUCUUGCAGUGACCCUACAGUUAAUGUCCUGCUGAUUUUAAUAUUUUCAACUUUGAUACAAAUUUUUACUUUUAUGACUAUUAUUAUCUCGUACUCCUACGUUCUCUUUGCCAUCUUGAAAACAAAGUCCGGGAGGGGCAGAGGCAAAGCCUUCUCCACUUGCAGUGCCCACAUGCUCUCUGUGUCUCUGUUCUAUGGCACUCUCUUCCUUAUGUAUGUAUGCUCGGGAUCUGGAUCAGAUGAAAAUCAGGACAAAACGUAUUCUUUACUUUACACAAUAGUAAUUCCCUUUCUAAAUCCUUUUAUAUACAGUCUGAGGAAUAAAGAGGUAAUAGCUGCUUUGAGGAGUAAAAUGAAGAAAUAA